AUGUCCUCUAGUAGUGCCGCCCAGAUAGACUCUGAUGUCUCUCAAUUGAGAAAGAGACAAGCUGAGUUCACUGAAGAACUUCAUGGUAAAGAUAUGGCCCAACAUACUGGUAUGUUUGCCUUGAUGUCCAAAGAUAAAGGGAAGGGGAAAGAAGCCAUUUCCAAAUAUUUGAAACAUUGGGAUGGUAAAGUGGAUAAAGAAGCAGAACAAAAGAGACUCGAGGAUUAUAAUGAAUCCACUCAUUCCUAUUAUAACGUAGUCACUGAUUUCUAUGAAUAUGGUUGGGGGUCUUCUUUCCAUUUCUGUAGAUUCUAUAAAGGUGAACCUUUCAAAGCUGCUAUGGCUAGACACGAACAUUAUUUGGCCUACAAAGCUGGUAUUCAAGAAGAUGAUCUUGUCUUGGAUGUCGGGUGUGGUGUAGGUGGUCCCGCAAGAGAAAUCUCCACUUUCACCGGUUGUAACAUUAUCGGUCUUAAUAAUAAUGAUUAUCAAAUUGAAAAAGCUAAAUGGUAUGCCAAGAAGAGCAAUUUGCAUAAUAAAUUGGACUUCGUCAAAGGUGAUUUCAUGAAUAUGGAUUUCAAGCCAAACACUUUUGAUAAAGUUUAUGCCAUUGAAGCUACGUGUCAUGCCCCAGAUUUACAACAAGUUUAUAGUGAAAUUUAUAAAGUCUUGAAACCCGGUGGUACAUUUGCCGUCUAUGAAUGGGUCAUGACAGAGAAUUAUGAUGAAACAAAUCCUCAACAUAGACAAAUCGCUUAUGAGAUCGAAGUCGGUGAUGGGAUCCCCAAGAUGUUUGAUAUCAAGACUGCUACAAAAGCCCUUGAAAACGCUGGUUUUACCAUUGAAAUCGCUGAUGAUUUGACUGAUAACCAUGACGAGAUCCCAUGGUAUUAUCCUUUGACUGGUGAAUGGAAAUACGUUCAAACCUUGGCCGAUUUAGCCACGUUUUUCAGAACUAGUUAUUUGGGUAGAAAAAUCACAACCGCUAUGGUCGGUUGUAUGGAAAGAUUGGGUAUAGCUCCAGAAGGUUCCACAAAAGUAACAGGCGCCUUGGAGGAAGCUGCCGUAGGGUUAGUCGCUGGUGGUAAGGCAAGAUUAUUCUCUCCAAUGAUGUUGUUUGUUGCAAAGAAACCAAAAUAA